AUGGACAAUGAUAUGUACACGGGUCAUAGUUUUGACGUACAAUGUGCCAAAUACUCUCCUAGCGGGUUCUACGUAGCAUCUGGCGACAAGUCAGGGAAACUUCAUAUUUGGGAUACUACUCAGAAGGAGCAUAUACUCAAAAACGAAUUUCCUAUUUUGGCCAGCAUCAACGAUGUUUGUUGGUCGAGUGAUAACCAGCGGAUAGCAGUGGGUGGUGCGGGUGGCGAGAAGUUUGGAAAGGUAAUCAACGCCGAAAUGGGCACUGAAGUUGGCGAAAUCAUUGGAAUGUCAAAAGUCAUUAACUCCAUUGACUUUAAACCUACUCGACCAUUCCGUUUAGUUACCGGAAGUGAGGACUUCACAGCUUGUUUUUUUGAGGGUCCUCCCUUCAAAUUUGUAAGGAGCUUGAAGGAUCACACCAACUUUGUCCAAUGUUGCAAGUUUUCCCCCAAGGGUGACAUCUUUGUGACGGGAGGUUCGGACGGAAAGAUUUUUGCCUACGAUGCCACUUCUGGUGAUCGCAUUUGUGAGUUGGGAUCGCCCGCUCACAAGGGAGGUAUCUACGGAUUGGAUUUCUCCCCCUCUGGUGCACGACUCAUUUCUGUGUCUGCUGACAAGAAAAUCAAACUCUGGAGUGGUGAGAAACCAUAUGAUCUUCUCCAUGAAUACGUCUUUGAGGACAAAUUGGAUAACAUGCAGCUGGGCUGUGUUUGGACGGUAGGCAAGAUUGUAACUCUCAGUUUGAGUGGAGCUAUGACCUACUUUGACGUUGCGGACGACUGCUCCAGGUUGGAGGCACCAGCGGGUACGAUAUUUGGUCACUCUCGUCCUAUUCAGCGCGCUUGCUACUCCACCACAAGCGAGCGACUUAUCACUGCAUCGUACGAUGGGCUCAUGGUUCGCUGGAACCUGCUAUCAGGUUUGGCCGAGCCCUUUGAAGGGAAGGAAGCCCACAAGUCGGCCAUCAAUGGUGUGGUUACUUGCGGCGAUCGCGUCCUUUCUGCGGGCGUUGAUGACCGUGUUGUUUCAAGCUCGCUCUCCAACCGCACCUAUGAACAUUCUGUCAAGGUGUCUUCCCAACCGCGCAGCCUUUGUCUGGCAGCUGGCAAGGAACUGGCUGUCGUUAUCUGCAUGAAACACCUCUACGUUUUCUCACUGACUAGCGAAGAUUCAUCUACGUCGCCCUUGGCAACUCUUGAAAUCUGUCCUGAUGCCACCACUGGGUGCAUAACUGUGGAUGGAGAUCUCGUGGCCGUUGGCAAGGCGGAUGGUUGCGUGGAACUCUUCGAAGUUUCGGAGAAAGGUAGAACUCUGAAAGCGUUGAAAGGGGGAGAGAAGGUAACUGGGGAAUGCACCACUAUGGCAUUCUCCCCCGAUGGUAUCCACCUUGCUGUGGGUGAUGCCGACCGAUACUUGCGUUUAUUUAAGAUCGAAGCCACGGCCGAAGGCGGUCCAAAGCUAAUGCAGCUCAGAGACUGGCGUGAGCACGCAGCACGCGUUACUUGUGUAGCGUGGACGCCGGAUGGCCGGCACUUUGCCACAGGUGGGCUAGACUGCGCCAUCAUGGUCUUCAGUCCCACUGCUUCUUCAAAGCUUUGCGAAGUUCGCAAUGCCCAUCCAGGCAAUUUGAUCACUGCCUUGGUAUGGAAAUCGGACAACGAGCUCAUUAGCACAGGCCAUGAUGCUUGCGUGAGGACGUGGAAACUAAAUUGA